AUGAAUCCGUUCUCUGGCUCUACCAUAGAGCUUCCUCUAAUUGAUAGUGUGGUCUCAUUAAGCAAAAAUGAGAUUUCCUUUGAAGUUACAAAGGUUAUAUUGUCAGCUGACCCUGCUUCGUCUCCUAAUGACUAUAUUGUUGCCGCCAUCUAUGGUAUUGAUUGUGACCUAGCAUUUAUUCGGGCAGGAGAUGAAGCUUGGACUUGCAUGGAUAAAGAGAGAUUUAGUUGCUUCAGUGAUGUCAUAUAUUAUAAAGGCCAGAUUUUUGCAGUUAAUAGACAUAGAGUCCUAAUGAUUGAUGUUAAUAGAAUGGCUAGGGCUCCGCAAGUGGAGGAAAAGGAAAUUGCACCGCAAAUUAUUCAUACUGAACACAUGUAUCUUGUCAAAUCAUCUAGUGGGAAAUUACUUCUUGUACAAAGGCUUUAA